CCGUGGCAACAUGAUCACCGUGGAUCCAAAGUAUGCUGACAAUCCAACGGCUCGAAUUAACUUCAGUCCAAAAAUGUGAAGGGACAAACACCAUAAUAUUCGUUCGUCAUCACUAUACACUCCCAAAAAAAGCAAAGCAAAGCAAAGCAAAGAGGUGGCAGCAGAGAGCUCUCCACCACCACCUCACAACGCCAAUCGGAACGCAAAACUCUGAUUUUUCACUUCUUGAGUUGAAAAUGGCUGAGAUCCAUUCCCAAGGCAGUGGAAGAAACUCUCAUACUGUUCUCAAUGAGAGGAUUCUCUCCUCUAUGUCAAGAAGAACUGUGGCUGCCCACCCCUGGCAUGACUUAGAGAUUGGGCCUGGUGCACCAGCUGUGUUCAACUGUGUGGUUGAAAUUGGAAAAGGGAGCAAAGUUAAGUAUGAACUUGACAAAGCAAGUGGCCUCAUAAAAGUUGAUCGGAUUCUUUACUCCUCGGUUGUUUAUCCUCAUAACUAUGGUUUCAUCCCGAGAACCAUUUGCGAAGAUAGUGAUCCAAUGGACGUCUUGAUACUGAUGCAGGAACCUGUCCUGCCUGGUACAUUUCUUCGUGCUCGUGCUAUUGGACUCAUGCCUAUGAUUGAUCAGGGCGAAAGGGAUGACAAGAUAAUAGCAGUGUGUGCUGAUGAUCCCGAGUUUCGUCAUUACCAGGACAUCAAAGAACUUCCUCCACACCGCCUUGCUGAGAUUCGCCGCUUCUUUGAAGACUACAAAAAGAACGAGAACAAAUCCGUUGCAGUUGAAGACUUCCUGCCUGCAGAUUCUGCAGUCGAUGCUAUCAAGUACUCCAUGGAUCUGUAUGCUUCGUAUAUUGUGGAAAGCUUGAGGCAGUGAGCUGCAUUGCCUUGUCGAAGCACGAAACGAAUUAUUCGAUGAACAGCUGGUUCAUAAUUCUAUGGAAAGCUGAUAGGGUCUUUAUGAGUUCUGAAUUUCAUGCCCUGUCUGAACUUCACGUAUGAACCAUGUUUGUCUUUAUUAAGAUGAAUUAUGUAUCAUGCUUGUGUGCACAAUGUGUGAAAAUGACACAAUAUUAGUGUCCCAAGUUUAAAUAAUUAUUAUGAUUAUUUAUAUAAGAGCAUUCCCAA